AUGGGGGAGUGGCCCAGCUGGAGUCCUUUGGCUGGGGACAAGUUUGAGGAAAUCUGCAAGGAAGCCCACCUACUAGCCAGUCAACUAGUAAUCAACCAGCAGCACCCAGAUGUAGGCGAAACCAAUGGUAACCUCACAGUGAGUAAGGAGGAACCGAAAGAGGACUUUGUGCUGGAUGCUGGAGCCAAACUGGGCAUGUUCAGCAAGCCAGUUGACGCUGUGCUCAGCCCUAUCAAAAGGGAGACCUUCUGUGUCCAGGACCGUCCGUUGAAGCAGCUCCCUCCUGCUAUUCAGCAGCGGCUUUUAAGGGCUGGUGGGGUUUCUAACUCCACUAAGAGACGUGUUAGCACCUCCAGCCCUGUGAGAGCAGGGACUACAACUCAGCCCAAGAUGGUGCUCAGAGGCAGGGAAUGCCUGCAACACCAGGGUGCUACCUAGCAAACAACAACCAGCAGCCCGAGUAGCGACCAUGAAGACAGCCCUGCAUACUGCCAAGACUAGACCACCUGCUGAGAGGACCACCAUGCUGCCUCCGCCAAGCAAAGUAUGGGCACUAGGGAUCUUAGAAGAUAUCUAGCCAGUAGCCAAAUAUAGCAAAUUUUAAUUAUCUAGGUUAAGGUCAAAUCAAUAUAGGAGAAAGUUUUCUCAUCCUAUGUAGUUUGUUUGUUUCAGGGUAACUUGGGAUUGAGGCGUAGCCCCGGGUGGUCGUAACUCCAGCAGAGCAGCCUCCAGUGAGGACCUCCUCUCUGACACAGCCAGCGUUGCCUCCGACAUCAGCGACACCUCACUCAACUCCAGUCUGCAGGGGAAGAGGACCCUCGUACCCCCUAGCAAGGUAACACGGAGGGAUUUGCUAAUAUAAUCAAGAAACUGAUGUUUAUACAGGAUCCUUCAUUCAUAUGUAUGACACUUCAGAUCAGAUGAUAAAAGAUGUGAAUGCCGUCUGAUAAAAUGGCAGAUGUUGAAACAUGAAUGUCCUGUUCAGAUUUUAGGUGAACUCAAAACGUCCCUCAACUCCAGCAUGAGUGGCCUUAAUGGCCGCCUGCCCACCGGCAUGAGCCGACCUGCCACCAAGACCCUCAGGUCCACCCUCAUCGGCCAAGCUCCGGAGCCGCCCUCCACCACAGUAGCACGCCGCUCCAUCUCAGCCCAGGGAAGGAAACCUUCAGAGCCAGAUCAGUCUAAACCGGUUCAGGCCACCCCUAUGAAGAGUGUUGAACCGGCGGCCACAGCCACCCCCUUAUACCAGAACCCAGCCAAGAGGGACAUGGAGAGAAUGUCCUCUGUGCCCAACAUCCCCACCUCAACUUCAGUGAAGACGGAGCACGUCAUCAGGGGCAACCCCAAACUCAAGGCGUUCAUUGCUCCAACCCCAACUAGUCAGUUCAAGAUGAGGUCGGAAGGUGAGGAUUGGUCAACUGUUGGCUAACAAUGAGCAGCUUCUACAGAUCGCUGGCUUGUCUUAGUGUAUGUACAUGGAAAGGCUCAGAAUUGUUUGCUCGCAAAAAAUGUAAACGUAUUUAUCUCUGUCUUUCCUACAAAGUGGUUUCAUCCCCUGAUGCCCCUCAGAUCAUGAAGCCAACUAG